UAUGUGCGCCUGGGGUUGGUUGGUGUGCGAGUGUUGUGUUCUCCUAUGAAAGCGACUAAUCGAAUUGUAUUUCCAGAAAAAAAACACACACAACAACAAACUGUUUAGCAAAUUAUAGAAUGCGUGUAGCAGUUAUUCGUUUUUGAAAUUAAAAAGAGAGUAGCUUUUGAAGAAACGUGUCAGCGUGAAACGACUUGGCUUUUCAUUGGAAUUCAAUUGGAACCAUGACCAGAGUUGUUGGACUUUUUGUUGUUAUUGACAGUCGUUCAAAGCUAGUGGAAAAUUGAAAGAACCGAAGGAAGGUAAAACAAGAAGGAAAAUCUGAACGCAAAAAAGUGGACAUACAAAAGAAACUAAAAAUGGACACGUGGGGCUUGCUGGAUUGCAAACGAAAGGAAUAAUAUAUAUAUCAGCUGCUGCCUAUCGCACGCACAUCCCCUGCCGGCAUUAUUUGCUCUGACAAAAGCAAUUCAACUCGGGAGUUUAGGGGAAUGUGAACUGGAAAGGAGGAAAAUUUUAAAGGGCCAGGCCUGUCUAGGAGUUGACUCGGUGUAAUAACAAUGCCGCUUGUGAGUGCAAGUCGCAUUUAAACGUUGCAGAGAAGAUGCUCUCUGGAAAUUGGUACGGAGCUUCAAAGAAGACGAUAAGCUGUUGCUGGAGGGUUCAAGAAGUCGAGGUUCAAGAAGGUGGAUCGUAAACAGCUGCCGAAGCUGCGAUGCGCGGAAUCGCAUGGAAAUAAAGCUUUUUUCUCUCCGGUCAUGUACAGAAAAUUGAAGUGGAGUAGCUGCAGACAUUUAGCGGGGAGUAACGCCGACAUUGGAAACCCUGCAUUUCUGUGUGCGUUAUCAGGUUGCCCUUUUUAUUUUUUUCGUUUUAGUAAAGCUGAUGGGAAAAUAGCCUCUUAAAGGGAUACUCUUGCUUGACGUCUCACGUCUUUUCCAAAAUAGGAGUUAGAGGUAAAGACAAACGAUAAUAAAAACGGGCAGCAAUGGUGGAGAAGCGGUCUGUUAUCCAGAGAGAGAACGUGUACCGCUGGUUUUCGGAGCUCAACUCUGCCCAGCGGGUUGAGUUUCUGUGCGGAUUGCUCGACCUCUGCGUGCCCAUCGAGUUGCGCUUUCUGGGAUCUUGCUUGGAGGAUCUAGCUGGUAAGGACUACCAUUCUUUGCGUGACGCGGAGAUCAAGGCUAACAACCCUGCCGAUCUGGCCACCUUGACCAACAUCACAGACGAAGUUGUUCGCAGCAAGCUUCUCAUCUCAUUAGCCCUGCUAAAUUCGGACAAUCGGGAGGCAGCCGGAGUCCUCUUCAGAACCCUUACGCACAUCGAUUCCAUCAUCAAUAAUUAUGGGUUGCAGCUUAAUGACGGUCAGACCGGGGACCAGUUUCUCCUACUCUUCACAAUGGCGUCCAAUCACCCUGCUUUCAGUUUCCACCAGAAGCAAGUGCUGAGAAAGGAGUUGUCUCAGAUCCAAGGCAUUGUAAUUACUAGCUGCAACAACGCUAACCUGAGUACCAGCAGCAGCACCGCAACGUCAACUACCGUCACCACAACUACAACCUUCACGCCUUGCGUGGCAGGCAGCCACUUCUUGCACAAGGCUUCAUAUGAGAGGUUUUGAUGAAGUCUGUUUCAUGGACAGCUGA